AGCAGGCAACAAAGGGGUGUCCUUGCGGUCACACCCACGCACUUGGCACACACGCUGACGUGGGAAGGCAGUGCAUAUCGUGGACGACGACGGCGCCAUCGCGAGGAACAUUUCGCCGUGGAAGCCCGGGCACCAACAGCUCUGGUCUCUGGUCGAUUCCGUGGAACGAUUGACCGUUGUGAAUCGACAAACAGGAGCAGCCGCAGCAGCAACGUAACCUCAGGCUCAGACGGAAACUGGAACAAGAGACCCAGACACGUGCGAGAGAGAGAGAGAGAGAGAGAGAGAGAGAGAGAGAGAGAGAGGUCGAGCUAGGCAGCCAGAAGAGGUGGACACGAGAGCAAUCCACGAUGAGCGUGAAGCAGGUGCUCUCGGAGGCCCUGGGAGGCAUCCAGGGCGCAAACCAACCGAGAGGUCUUCACAAUUUCAUCCAGGAGAUCCGCCUCUGCUCCAACCCUACUCAAGAGCAGCAACGCGUGGACAAGGAGCUGGCAAAUAUUCGAAACAAGUUCAGCUCGAGCUCUGGACUGAGCAGCUACAACCGCAAGAAGUAUGUAUGGAAGCUGGUCUACAUGUUCAUGCUCGGCUACGAGAUUGACUUCGGACACAUGGAGAUGAUCAGCCUCAUCAACUCAACCAAGUACUCGGAAAAGAACGUGGGUUACGUGGCCGUCAGCCUACUCCUUCGGUCUGGGGACACGAUGAUGUCGCUUGUCAUCAACUCAAUCCGGAACGACCUCAACAGCCACUCGAGCCCCGCCCAGGCGACCACGUUGACUCUGGCGCUGGCAACGGUGGCGAACCUUGGGGGGAACGAUCUGUCCGACGCUCUCUUACCGGAUGUGGAGCGGCUGCUGGUGAUGAAGGGGACGGAUCCGGCCGUGCGAAAAAAGGCCGCGCUGUGCUUCCUAAGAUUCUUCAGAGAGAACCCUGGCAACCUCAUCCACUCGGAGCUAUCGGAAAAAAUGGCUCGUUUGCUGGAGAACAAGAACCUCGGCGUGGUGACGAGCGUCAUGUCCCUGCUGAUAGGAUUGGCGUCUAGGAGCCCGGGCAACUACGAGGGGCUUGUUCCUCACGUGAUCCAUCUUCUCACCCGACUGGUUAUCCACAAGGCAUGCGCGUCGGAAUACCUAUAUUACGGCACCCCGAGCCCUUGGAUGCACGUGAAGCUGCUAAAGUUCCUGCAGAUGUUCCCGCCACCGGCGGACGGGAGCCAGAGGGAGAAGCUCGACGAGGCUCUAGAGAAGAUCAUCACAAAGACCGAGAUCUCGGCGAGCGUGAACAAGAGCAACGCCGACCAUUGCAUCUUGUUCGAAGCCGUCAACGUCAUCAUACAUCAUGGUCGUGACAGCAACGAGGACCUUCGAUCGAAGGCGAUGACGCUGUUGGGGAGGUUUAUCGCUGUCAAGGAGCCCAACAUCCGCUACCUAGGGCUGGAAGUGAUGUCACGACUGGCCCGGCUGGAGGGAAACGAGACCGCUAAGAAGCACCAGGCCACGGUGCUCAUGUCCCUCAAGGACGCGGACAUCAGCAUUCGCCGGAGGGCGCUAGACCUGCUGUUCGUGAUGGCGGACGAGACCAACGGCGCGGAGAUCGUGGAGGAGCUGGUCACCUACCUGGCGGCUUCGGGGGCGGCGAUCCGGGAAGAGAUGGUGCUCAAGAUUGCCAUCCUGGCCGAGAAGUUCACCGACGAUCUCAAUUGGUAUGUGGACAAGAUGCUGGAAAUGAUCGCCGUGGCGGGCGACUCGGUAGCCGGAGCAGUCUGGCACCGCAUCAUCCAAAUCGUCACCAACCACAAGGACCUGCAGGCGUACGCAGCGGAGCGACUUUUCGCAACGCUCCAGUCGCCCCGUGCGCACGAGACCGCCGUCAACGUCGGUGGUUACAUCCUUGGAGAAUUCGGCUACUUCAUCGCAGAACAGGACGAGAUGUCGGGUCAGGACCAGUUCCACGUGCUCCACCAGCACUUCAUGGAGGUCGGGCCGGCGGCCAAGGCCCUGCUCCUGAGCACCUACGCCAAACUCGCCAACCUGUACCCGGAGUGCAGAGAGCUCGUUACACCGGUGUUCGAACGUUUCAGCUCGAGCCAAAACCUGGAGCUGCAGCAGAGAUCUUGCGAGUACCUGGGCCUGCCGGAGAUGGGCAUCGACGUGAUGGAGGAGGUGUUGAAAGAGAUGCCAUCUUUCCCGGAGGACAGAGAGAGUGGGCCCGAAGCGCGACUCCGCCGCAGGCUGGAAGAGCAGGAGCUCGGGGCGGAGGAGGGCCUCCGGGUUUCCGGUGCCGGAGGCGUCGACAACGACAACUACGACGACGACGAUGGCAACGGCCACCACCACGACGGCGAGGAGCACGAGAAGGGCAGCGGCGGCGGCGGCGGCGGCAGGAGGUGGGGUCCGGGCCGUACCGUAGUGUUCGGGUGGAGGUCGACGACUUGCUGGGCAUCGGUGGGGAGGAAGAACACGGACAAGCACCUCCCCAACAGCAGCAACAAGACCCCGGCGGGGGCUACGGCUACGGCGGCGCUGUCGCUCCCUCACCGACAGCAGUAUUGGUUGCUUCCAGGCCGAAAAACCGCUCUGACCUCUCCCCAACUCACCUCACUGGUGCAACGAUAUUUUUGCGCCUGCCGAAAUUGGUCGGAAUCGGAAUCAAAACCAGCGCUUGAUGCCUACUACGGUGGCGUGGAUACGCCCGCCCCGCUCGCAGCGGCACCUGCGACAAAUCUCCUGAUGGCCCCCGAGGACGCGGUCAUCAACAACAAUGGCAUUAUCAACAACAACGGGGGAAACGAUGGUGCGCUGGUGCCCGUUGAAGAUAGCGGGCCCUACGAUAACGACGGCGGUUACAACAACGUCGGGCAGGGUGCUGGAAAUCCCGGUUACGGCUCGGCGGUGGUCCCUUCCGGGGGCGAGCUGGUUUCUUACGCGGGUGCAGGAGGAUCCGCAGGGGGAGGAGGAGGGGGUGGGCUCUUGUUGGAUAGCCAGGGAGAGGGCAACGGCGGCGGCGGUGGCAGGACAGGGAAACUGUGCCCAACGUCGCGUGCCUCACUUGCCAUGGGGAGCUACGGUUCGCCGGACCCCGGCACCGGAGCUCUGUACGGUAGCAGCGGUGGCGGCUUGGAAGGGAUCAACAACACCAGCAAUACCAACGGAGCGAGGAUGGGAGGCCCUUCAGCAGGCGGGUACGGCGGGGGGGGCAUGUUGCAGGGUGGAGAAGGGGGGGGGCUGGGGGAACAAGGAGUCGUGGGAGUCCCGCCCGAGAUGCAGGCGCAAGUGUCGGCUUGGCUGAGGUCGCUGAUGGUCAGCGAUAAGGGAAUCCUGUUCGAGGGCGGUCCGAUUAAGAUCGGAGUUAUCCACGAAUACCGGUCAUCCCAGGGGCGGUUGACGCUCUACCUCUACAACCUGGCGGCCGCGCCUUUGACGGACUUGCGGCUAGGCGUUCCCUCGAUGCCUUAUCUCCGAUCUCAAAUCGGGCAAGGCCCUUCUGGGCUCGAUGUGGGCGGUAGGGCACAGCAGGUCUUGAUGUGCGAGUGUCUACAGCCGUUCCCGGAAGCCCCGGCUUUGACGGUUUCGUUCCUGAUGGAAGGCAGGCCUCACUCCUUCGAACUCACUCUUCCCCUGUCGGUGUGCAGCUUCAUUGAGCCGCUUCAGCUGGAAGCACAUGACUUCGCGCGGCGAUGGGAGAUGCUAGGGAACGCUUCGAAGGAGGAGAACGGGGAGGUCUGGGCGGGAGUACCGGUAACGGCCGCACGGUGGGCCGAGGUUCGCGGCAUGGUUACGUCGGCGAUAAAGAUGGGGAUCACCGAGGGACCGGACUCUACCUCCCACAGCAACGACAGCGGGACCUCCCUACGAGCGGCCGGCUCUCUCCGAACCGGCUCGCUCAACCCGCAGGGGCACAAGAUAUCUCUCGGGGCGAUGCUGCGCCUGGAGGUCGAGCCGGCCUCCGGAACGUUCCGGAUUUCGGUCCGCGCGGUUCACGUGACGGUUGCCGUUGGUAUCCGGCAACUGUUGAUUUCUCAGCUCGAUGGUAGCAGCGGUGGCGGCGGGGCGGUCGGGGAAGUUGUGGGCGCGGGCGGGGUGGGGGCUUAGAGGGUCGGCCUUGGUAUGGGCGACGCUGGGGCCCCGUUCUUCUCCCCAUUGCUAUUUGCCUCGCUCUCUAUCCUGGCGUCUCGUUCGGUGUAUGAAGUAUGUAACGUGCUGUCCUUGUUUUGCACCAGGUGAAAUGUGCUUUAUGUCAAUGUAGAUGCGGCGGUUGUUUUGCCCCGGCCUGUUUUUUGGUUAAACGUAAAGCGCUACAUAUUGCAUGUUUUGUGGUGUUGCUCCCCUUGAGCGCUACAGCAGAAGACAACCUGAGUCGCGUCGAAGUGCGGCGGGCAGGCACCAAAGAGAUCAGCGUCGCCGACGCGCUUCAUGCCUUGGGGCACGGUGUAUUUUUGUUGGUCGAAUACUCCUCUCAUUUUCGUAAUUUAGGCUCCUGCUUCGCUCUGUAGCCAACGUGGCGCCGCAGAUCUUGUAAAUUGAUUCGAGCACUAUUCAGCGGUGCAACUUGCAGCACGAGGGUGCUUGUUUAAAGGAGGCAGCAAUGAUUUUUGCCUUUUUUUGUGAAUCAUUUCGAGGACGAGCAGGCGAAGGGGCAAUGAAUUCCCUCAUCUCCGGUGCACGUUUUACUCCAACCCCGCCGUGUCCUACAUAUUUACCUUACUCAUAUCGAGGGCGAGCGAUGCACGUUUAUUGCUGUGAUUCUGUUCACCACAGGUCGCGACGCACGGAAAGAGUUCUUUGCCAGUUUGUUCGGCCAUUGGAUUCCUAAUCAGAAUGGCGU